CACGAUUCCAUAUACGUGCUCUCUAUCCCCAUCACCACGUACAAGUCCUAUAUCUACUGUAACCACAAGCCUAGCAUACUAGACAAGAGCCAGAAACUGAAGUUCCCUUUGGUGACCAAGAUCGAAACCAAAGUCACCGGAAUAGCAGCCAAAGGCUGGAACUCUUUGAGUACUUCAAAAAAGUCGUACAACGUCAAAAUCACAAACUUCAUCAAGAAGCUCCUCAAUACUAUUCCCUACGAGGAAAACUGCUUGAAGUCAUUUCCGUCACAGACAGCAAUGAUUCGAGAAAUCAAUGAAGAAUCGUUGGACGAGGGAACUGCCUCGGCUGUUGUUCUGUCACAAAUAGACGAUCUUAAUAUUCCACACCACCAAAUCAAACCCAUCCCGUUAUUACACCCUUCGUUCCAACAACCAACAACCAUCUUGAACCAAUUGUAUAACUUCAGAGACAACGCACACCUGAAGCACUUCAAGUAUGCUGUCCUAUGCGGUGUCGGCAUUCCUCUCUCUUUGCCAUUUGCCUUGGUACCAGUAGUUCCCAACGUGCCUGGCUUCUAUAUUGCCUACCGAUUCUACUGCCACGUCAAGGCUCUACUCGGAGUCAAGCACUUGAAUUACCUUUUGGAAGUAGAGCCCAAAAGAGAACUUGCUGCAAGUCAAGAAGACCCAAAAGUUAAGCUAGAGACAAUUACGGAUGAAAAGGCUAUCUUGGAUACUAAGCACUUGUCCUUCAAAGAAAGAGUAAUUAUCUCCGAGAAAAUCAUUGAUGAUCUCUGCUCAGAAUUCAGCAUGGACUACUUAAAAGACGACUUGUUGAAGGCAUUGAAACAGGAAUCAGCCAGACUAAGCAAGAACUUGAAAGUAGACGAUGCUGUCGAGUAA